AUGAUAGUUGAACUUGGAGAUUCAAAUGUUUAUGGUGUUGUAAAGAAUUAGAAGUUGCAAAAAAUGAAUAUGAAAAUGGAAUAUAAGAAGGAAAGACUAUGGUAUUAAGCUAAGAGGAUUCAAAGAUGUCAAAUAUCAAAAAGUAAAAUUGGUCGUUUAAGUCCUGGUAAUUCAUUAAAAAUUUAAUUUGAAUACAUCCAACAAUUAUAAGUAUUUAUGAAUUAAUUUUGGAAAUUAGAAUUGUCUUCUAUGGUAGAUACAAGUUAUCUUGCAAUUAAUAAAUUAAAGAACACAUCGAAAAAUUUUGCUCAACAACGUUUUUUUUUGAAAAACCUUGCCAACAUUCAAGCAAUGAAAUUUAAUUAUAAGUAAAAUAUUACUGUAAUAAUUAAUAUGUAAAAACUUAUUACAUAUGCUAAAUCUCACAACACACUCAAUUGUAUUAAAUUCUGAUAUUAAUGUCAAAGAAAAAUAAAUUGAUUUAUAAACUCCAUAGAACUAAUUGAUUAUUAAUUUAGAUACGAAUGAUCCUGAAAAUAUAUCACCAAAUAAAAAGUUUGAAUAAAUGCUGAAUACUAAAACAAUCUUUGUAAUCAAGUAAGGUAGCUUAACAUGGAAUUAAUGAAUGAGAUUCAAAAGCAUGGAGAUUGGGGAAAAUUUUUAAAAUGAGUAUUAUUAAACAUUUGGACAUUUAAAUUUAAAGUUUGAAUUAUUAUUUUCCUCCAAUGAUUUUAAUAACUCUUAUGCAAUACUAAGCAAUACUAAGCCAUAUCGUAAAAAUAUCCAUUUCUUUGUACAAAUAAUGAUGCUUUAUAACAUAUUAAAUAUUGUGCUACUCUAACCCUCAUUCCUAAAUUUAAUGAAUUUCCAAUAGAUGAUGCCUAUCAAUCAUAUAUUAAUGGUUUAAAUUUAUCUUAAUAUAAAAAAUCAAAAAGGGUGGUUAUUUAAUUUUUAUUGAUCAUAGUGGUUCAAUGGAAGGUAUAAGAAUUGAAAAAGCCAAACAAUCACUCAUACUAUUUCGGAAGAGCCUUCCAGAAGAUAGUAUUUUUAACUUUAUUUCAUUUGGUAGUGAUGUAGAAAAGAUGUUCGAUAUUGAACAAGCAUAUAAUUAACAUACACUAAAUUAGGCAAUAAAGUAUGUUCAAGAAAUGAAUGCAGAUUUGGGUGGAACCGAUAUAUUAAAAGCCUUGAGCUAAGGCAUUUAUAAUGAAAAAUUAUUAAUAAAGCAAAUACCAUUCAGAUACUUUAAACGCUUUUUUAUUAACAGAUGGAGAGGAUUCGACUAAAAAAUCAUUAAGUUUUAAUAAUAGGACAAGAUUACAAUUUUACAAUAUCUAAAUAUCUUCAUAGAAUAUUAUGUAAUGAUAAAAAUAUAUUAGCAGAAGAAGUUAACUUGA